AUGGACGUAUCAUUGCUGAUGUUAGAGCAUGAGGCUAGACCGCUUGGCCUGAAGUUUGAAGAACAAGAUUCGAUACGUAUCAAUUUCCUUCUUGGAUGGAAAGGUAUAGAGGUGGCCUACGCCUUUGCUGAUCAUUUGACAGCAGCUAUACGAGAUGUUAUGCAGUUGGAUGUGUAUGACGGCAAAGAUCCA